CGUACGAAGCGUGCUGGGGAAGAAAGGCAAUUGCAUGACGAGACGGAUACGAAUCUCAUCGCGACGAGGAUCUGAGGAGUCCUAGACGCGAGCGCCCGUUUUCUGGUCGAAAUCGAUUCUGAUUGUAGUUUCGCGAGAUGGAAGAAGGCGGUGACGGUGGUGGUGGUGUGAAGGUGGGGAUGCUGGAGGGUUUCAUGAGAACCCAUCAGAGCUCGUUGAAAUCCCUCUUCCAGCGAAAGAAGUCGCCCUCCGGUCGCGACGGAGAUUGUUCUCCGUCGGCUGUCGCUUCCCCGAAGCCCAUCCCUCAGCUCUCUCCCCUCGCCAAUUCCGUCGUCUCUCGCUGUUCCAAGAUCCUUAGGGCUCCAACAGAGGAUCUGCAGCAUCGUUUUGAUGUGGAGUUGCCUGAGAGCGUCAAGCAACUCUUGACAUAUGCGAGGAACUUUCUUGAAUUCUGCUCAUUUCAAGCACUCCACCAAGUGAUGAAGCAACCCGAUUACCUAAGUGAUCAGGAAUUCCGGCAGCUAACAUUCGAUAUGAUGCUUGCUUGGGAGACCCCCAGUGUUACAAGCGAGCAGGAAAACAAAGAUGUAGAAUCUCCUAAACAGGAGGUAGAGGAUGAGGAUGGGUGGUCACUAUUUUAUUCGAGUUCCACAAAUAUGGCAGUGCAGGUGGAUGACAAGAAGUCCGUUGGGCAAGAGGCUUUUGCUAGAAUUGCUCCUGUUUGCCCUGCCAUUGCGGACGCUAUAACUGUACAUAAUCUCUUUGACGCUCUUACGAGCUCUUCAGGACAUAGGCUUCACUUCCUCAUAUAUGACAAAUACAUACGUACACUUGACAAGAUUAUCAAGGCUGCAAAAUGCUCUUUAGGACCAUCGGUUGCUUGCCUUCAGCUUGCCAAGGGAGAAAUCGUUCUUGAUAUCGAUGGUGCAAAUCCUGUUUUACCAGUCCUGAAACAUGUGGGCAUCUCAGCAUGGCCUGGGAAAUUGACACUUACCGACUGUGCUCUCUAUUUUGAGUCACUCGGCGGUUCUGAAAAAGCUAUAAGAUAUGAUCUGAGUGAAGACACGAAGCAGGUCAUAAAACCUGAGUUGACAGGGCCAUUAGGUGCUCGUAUCUUUGACAAAGCUAUCAUGUACAAAUCAAUACUAGUAUCAGAGCCAGUUUAUUUUGAGUUUCCUGAGUUUAAAGGCAAUGCUCGUCGUGACUAUUGGUUGGGUAUAUGCCUGGAAGUCCUCCGUGUACAACAGUUUAUUCGGAAACACAAUUUUAAGGGAGUUCAGCGAUCAGAAAUACUUGCAAGAGCAAUUCUUGGCAUAUUUCGGUAUCGUGCAAUAAGGGAUGCUUUCCAAGUCUUCUCAUCGCAAUACAAAACACUGCUUAUAUUUAACUUAGCAGAAAGUCUGCCUGGUGGAGAUGUUGUUUUAGAAGCUCUAUCCAGUCGUGUUGCUCGUAUAAGCUCUGAUGCCCUUAGCGAUGCAGGUUCUGUUCAGUAUAUCAAAUGGCCGUCAAAAUUAUCACCUGUUUCACUGAUUAUGCUGGAGCAUUUUGGGUUGUCCUUACAAACUGGCACAAAUAUGGAAGAAGAAACGGUAAUCGUGGGAGAUUUUUGUGUUGGGGAGACAAGCCCAUUGGAGAUAGCUCUGAAACAGUCGAUAUUAAACACAAACAGAGCUGAAGCUGCUCAGGCAACAGUGGAACAAGUGAAAGUAGAAGGAAUAGACACAAAUGUUGCUGUAAUGAAGGAGCUAUUGUUUCCAUUCGUCAGACUCGGAUGGUGUAUUCAACGCCUAGCUUCUUGGGAAAAUCCUUACAAGUCAACAGUUUUCAUGCUUUUGGUCAGCUAUAUGAUUAUAAGCGGGUGGAUAAGAUUCAUAUUGCCGUCAAUAUUAGUCAUCAUGGCCAUAACAAUGCUAUGGCGUAAGCAAUUCAACAAGGGGAAGGAGCCGAAAGCGGUAAGAGUUACAGCUCCACCGAGUAAAAACGCCGUGGAGCAAAUACUUACACUCCAAGAAGCUAUCAGCCAAGUGGAAGCCCUUAUCCAAGCUGGGAAUAUCAUUCUCCUCAAGAUAAGAGCCAUUCUUUUGGCACUAUUACCGCAGGCCACUGACACGACGGCUAUGUUGAUGGUUAUUAUUGCGGGAAUGAUGGCUUUUGUGCCAUUGAAGUACUUGACAUUGAUGGUGUUCGUAGAGAGCUUCACGAGGGAAGUCGGGUGGCGGAAAGAGAGCAGCGAUCGUGCUCUCAGACGGCUUAGAGAGUGGUGGUUCCGAGUUCCUGCAGCUCCUGUUCAGCUUGUCAGAUCCGAUGACAACAAGAAGAAGAAAUCAUGAUGAUGAUGAUGAUGAUGAUGUUAUUGUUGUUGUCUUCUUCUUUCCCUUUUGGGGGGGCAGGGGAACGGAAAGAAGACAGAGGACCUUAUGAUACAUUGGUAGAGAUAGGAGACUUCAUUUCCAAACACAAACUUAGUUUGGCAAUCACAACCAUAUCCAUUCAGAUCCUUUAUGUAUCCUCCUUGUCCUUUGCCUUUUUUUGGGUUUUUUGUCA